AUGCCCCCUGCCCCACACAAGUUCCCCCCCAUCUUGUACUCCCUGUAUCCUCCCAAGAGUUCCUGGGAGCCACCGGAGCCCCUGACCACCGGAAGUUCCAUCUCACCACCAAGGAAGGCCCUGAUCAAGGAUGUUCAAGGAUUUGAGAGGACAGGGUGCCAUCCUAGAAGACUUGUAGCAAUAUCACGGGACUCACAGAAACCCUCUGGACCCAGCCAUGGGCUCAAGACACCAUCGUGCAAAAAGGCGAAGUCUCCGCACCCACCUCUUUCCCGGACGUGGAAGCAGGACCGCGAGCAGUCUCUGGCAGCAGCCUAUAUCCCGGUCGUGGUGGACCCCAGGGGGCAGAGCCUAGACAAGCUCAGGUUCAAUUUUUAUACCUCCCAGCACCCCAACUCCUUGAACCCCUUCUACACCUUGCAGAAACCUACCUGUGGCUACCUGUACCGCCGGGACACUGACCACACCCGCAAGUGUUUCGAUGUGCCACCUGCCAACCUGGUCUUGUGGCACUCCUAGACCGGUGCCAACCAGAAGCCCCCCACCCUGCACCCUCACCCCUGUGGCCCUGGGCCCCAGAGGGGAAGGGCUGCUGGCUC